CUUGGUGUACCUCUUGCCGUCGCUUGGAAGAUCGAGUUUUGGCCAAAACUACCGAGGCAUCGCCCACAUUCCGGAUCAUGGAUGUGACAAAAUCGAAUUUCAACGACUUGAAGCCCCAGAUCGAGGAGGCGAUUGAAAAGUGCUCCUUCGCAGCCAUUGACUGCGAGUUCACAGGCCUCGUACUGCCGGAACCGUUGCAUCCUUUGGACACGGUUGCUCAACGGUAUCAGAAGCUCCGUGUCGGUAUUUCGGAAUACCUCGUUGUGCAGUUCGGAUUAUCAUUAUGGACUUUCGACGAAGAGAAGCAGGCGUACAACGUGAAGACAUUCAACAUAUUCACGUACCCCGACCAGAGGCAAGCCUUCAGGUUCAGGAAUCAAGCCAGCUGUCUUUCCUUCCUCGUGGACCACGGCUUCGAUUUGAACCGAUGCGUGAGAGAGGGCGUGCCCUUCCUCCGACCGGCGGAGCUCGAUGACUAUCAAGAGCGAAUAAAGAGACGUCACAUCAGGGAGCUCGCAUCGCUGUUCGAGCAAGAGCAAGCGGGCAGGCCCGUCAAGGGUUUCAACACCUCAGCCGAUGCGCUCAAUUCCUCGUUGACCUCGGAUAACUUCCUCGACAUGGACCCCGCAGUGAGAAUUUACCUCGAAGGUGUGAUGCCGCUGGUCAGCAAAUGGAUGAGCGGCAAAAUGCCGGAUCAGGACAGUGUCCUGCUCCCCGCCUGCAACGACUUCAUCCGCAUGACCGUAUACCGACAGAUCGAGAAGAAAUUCCCUGACGACAAGUUCCAGAUGGAAGCCGUGCGAGCGGACAACGGAGCGGACCAACGCGGUUCCAAACACAUAAAAAUAUCUCGCAGUGAUAUGUCUCCCCAUCAGCGUAUGAGCCAGAGGCAUCGGGACGAGAUGGAGGCGCUCAGAGAUAGUUUUGGAGUCGGUUCGGUGCUGAAAACGCUCGUGACCUCCCAGAAGCCUGUGGUCGGACACAAUAGCCUGCGGGAUAUCCUUCACGUCAUCCACCAGUUCGUCGCACCGCUCCCGGAGGAUUUCGGCGAGUUCCAACUUUUGUGCAGAGAACUGUUCCCCGUCCUGUUCGACACAAAACAGAUGUCCGUCACAGGCACGAUCAAGGCCUCCAUCCGAGGCAGCCGACUAGUCGAUGUUUUCAACCAGAUCAAAAACCAACAUGACAAAGCGUUCCCGAUACCGAAGAUCCACUCCGAGCCGGGUUUCGCAUAUGACGACAUGACCCGAGAGCACGAAGCCGGCUUCGACGCUUGGCUGACCGGAUAUAUUUUCGCAGCCUUCGCACACAGCGUGGCACCGAGACCGAAAAACGUUUUUCGCGAGCCAGAUUUCCGCAGUGAAUACUUCAAGCCGUUCGUGAACAAGAUGCAUUUCGGACCAUCACUCGACAUAUCAGUGAUGGACCUCGACGUCAAUCCCGCCGCUGUCAGCCGGACCGAUGUAUACGUCGUCGAAUGGAAGGAGCCCGAGGAUCACUCGCACGCUCGGCUCCUCCUGCAAAUGGCUGGGGGGGCGAAGAAGUGCGGCUGGGGCGACCAGGUGCUGGCCUUCGUGCCGUCGAACGUGGAAAAUUGUAACAAACUGUUGCGGACUCAGGACAGUGCCGCCAUCCCUUGUCGCUUGUACAAGCACCAGACUAAGCAAAAUCGACGAAGGAAAGCGAAAUCGAAAUCUCCUCCGAAUACCGCACCGGUACCCGUUCAGAACGCUGCUCCCACAAGUGGCGCCGUGCCUCCCGCAGCUCCUGCCGCCACGAGCCGGAGUCCGCCGACCGUAGCAAUUUUAUCCCGAGGAGAUGAUUACAGUCCGCAAGCUAGGACCAAUCGCAGCUCGUCACUGACCGGCACAUCAGAACCGCCGAAGAAACCAAAGUUAGACAGUAUCUCAGAGAAACGCAAAACUACCCCGCCGUCGUCUCAGCAGCCGUUUCCCGAAGCCAGCUGGUAGUCGGAAAAGCUAAUCUGGCUGUUCGUAAUGGCGUACGCGCUGUUUUUGAUGAAUGGUAUAUUGAAUUAGCGGAGAUUUCGAGGGAAGAGGUGUGAGGGCUAGAACCUUGGACAAGUCGCUCGCUUGCUCGCCGGGUCGAUGCACCAAGGUUCCCCUCUGUCCUCUUCCUGAAGGUAUAAUUCUCUCGUCACUCGGUUCCGGAGUCAGAAUGAAGUCCGACGCCGGAACGGAGGAGAUGCGCUCACGGCUACCGUUGAGGAAACUUUGAGGGAAUAUCCUCUGCUCCGAGAUCUCUCCCAGCGCGCGCGGGGUUCGAGUGUUUCCGCUAAUCAUCCCCGCUCAUGUAUCACGUCUGCUAAUUCGGCCCUCUUUCUCAUUCUUAUCCCGUUGCAUGAUCCCAUCCCGAAGUUCGCCCCGCACGUGACCUCGAUCAAGACGCCCAAAUCCUAAAGAGCGAGGCCCGAUUGUGAUUCUCGCCGUGAAUCGUGUUGUGAGUGAUCGUAUUUGUGAAGUGAUAAGAUCUCAUCUGAUCACAAUUAACGAUUUUCAAGUCUGUUUCAUCAUCAUUUAUAUUCAUCAACAUGAUUCUUUUGUGCCGUUCGGCUCUUUGCAUUGUGCUUACGUCGGGCUGUUACUAAGGUCGAAAACCGCUCCUAGGAUCGCGAGAAACUCCUAACACGAUUUUACCCAAGAACAGCUCCCGUGCUCGAAAGCCGAUCCGAGAGAAUUUGAGGCUCCUCAUUUUUUGAAGGUCAAGACCUCAUCAGGUCAUGCACAGGCACAGCUUUUGAGUCUUCUGUUCGAGAAGUUUUGUUGGGGAAGGCCUGACCACUCUCGUGUGUCCUCAAUGUUUCCCCGAGUGUUCGCUUAUCAUACUGUCCUCGACCCUUGGGUUUUUCGCAUUCCCCUCCAGGGAGGCAUCGCUCAAUCUGUCACGGUAUCCGGCUCGCUCGAGAUGCCCAUUCUUCAGAGUGAGGGAACGUCACUACGUUCAUUCGAUUGGUUGGUCUUCCUACCUCCGAGUCAGUGGUGGAUCUCUGUCUUCCCGAGCCGCUCGUUUCUCGGGGAGCUUCCCCGAAACCGUCGGCGG